AUGGGAAGGUCCCCUGGUAUUGAUGAGACUGGCUUGAAGAAAGGUCCUUGGACUCCAGAAGAAGACCAAAAACUCAUCAAACAUAUACAAGAACAUGGCCAUGCAAGCUGGAGAGCCCUCCCCAAACUUGCUGGUCUUAAUAGAUGUGGAAAAAGUUGCAGGUUAAGAUGGACCAACUACUUAAGGCCUGAUAUCAAGAGAGGGAAGUUCUCUGAAGAUGAAGAACAAACAAUUCUGCAUCUCCAUUCCAUUCUUGGCAACAAGUGGUCUGCAAUUGCAACUCGCCUACCAGGACGUACGGACAAUGAAAUCAAGAAUUUCUGGAACACCCAUCUGAAGAAGAAGCUAAUUCAAAUGGGUUUUGAUCCAAUGACCCACCGACCUCGAACCGAUAUCUUCUCAAGCCUUCCUCAUCUCAUAGCUUUGGCUAAUCUCAAAGAGCUCAUCGAAAACUCCUCAUUAGAAGAACAAGUUCAAAGAUUACAAGCAGAAGCUGUUCAAACUGCUAGGCUUCAAUACCUGCAGUAUCUCCUUCAAGCUCCACCUUCCAUGGCAAAUUUCUCAGAAAACAUGAACACUUUAUCAGAUAUGGACAAUUAUAAUCUUCUGAACUCUCUCUCAUCAAUGAAAGAUAACCCGGUUUGUAAUUCUACAACUCUGCAAGAAUUCAAUGACUCAAUCCCAUUCUCUCACCUACCUAACUUACAAAUACCACCCCCUUGCAGCUUUCAAACCUCUGUAAAUAAGGACAUGGGUCAAGGCUCUAAUUUUACAGAGCUUAGCCAUGGAAAAGAUUCACCUUCUUCUCCAUGGUUUCCUUCUACUUUGUCUCCAUCCCCUCCUCCUCAAGCUGGUCCACCUGUGACUGUUUCUUCCAUUACUAAGAGUGGGGAAGCUUGUAGUACUUCUAGCUAUGGAGGAACACCACCUUCAUUUUGGCCUGACUUCCUGCUUGAAGAUGCUUUGUUUCAUGAUGAGAUUGCCUAG